CCGAGUUUAUAUCAGUGAAGGAGGACAAAUUGACAAAAAACAAUUCCGACUGAGACAGCCAGUUGAUGAGUCGAAGCUCAACAGAACACGUAUGUUUUUGGAAUGCCAGCGAAAUUCGGAAUAUCUUGAGAAAUCGGAUUUCAACCCCCCCCCCAAACCUCAAACGAAUUUACGCGUGCGCCAAGUGCGAUCACCAUCUGUUCUCCAGCCGCUCCAAGUACGAGCAUUCGUCUCCCUGGCCGGCGUUCACGGAGACGGUCCGCCAAGACAGCGUGGCCAAACGCCAGGAGAGACCCGGAGCCUUCAAGGUGCUGUGCGGCAAGUGCGGAAAUGGACUCGGCCACGAGUUUGUCAACGACGGCCCCGCUAGAGGCUUGUCUCGGUUUUGAAUAUUCAGCAGCUCACUAAAGUUCAUUCCGAAAGAACAUGUCGAUGGACAAUAAAGUGAGCAUUGCGGAGGAGUUUUGCGGGAUCUGCUCAGUAAAGUGCGGUCAGCGAAUGAUGCGCUCUGGGGGAAAAAGGCCGACCCGGCAGCACCAGAGUUCUGAUGGAGCCUGGCCCCACUGGACAGCAACAGUAGGAAAAAAACAAACAAACAUUUUUGUCUUGCAGUAAUUGAGACUCAGGAGAGCAUCGCUUAGCCAACUUUUACACACGUUUUUGUCUUCCGGUAUGGAUUUGAAAUUGAAUAGAAAUACAUUUUCAUCCAUCCAACGUUAGUGUUGGUCCGGCAAUAAGUCGGUUGGACUCCGCCGAGUUCUGCGCAUUGUCACCGAUUUUAUUCACAAGUUGUAUGGACAGAAUUUCUCAGCGUAACACUAACGUAAGCACAACGUUGCCUCUGUUUUAUUUUACUUUUUUUUUUUUUUCAAUCAUGGAAAUGUAUGAAAAAGGCAGGGACCAAAUAUUUUAUUUAUGAAUUUGCUACCCAUUAGCACUUGAUGAAAAGAAGCAGUACUUAGCCACUCAGUUGCAGCGCCAUGUUUAAUGGGGGGAAAAAAAGUCAAAUAAAUAUAUUUUAACGUA